AUGCCUUCGAGAAUACAAACCAAAUCGGAAAUGGCACAUUCGCGUAGAGUUGUCAACCUUAAAAGUAGUGCAGUUGAUUCUAGAAAAGUUGCAAGUACUACUAAGAAAGAUACUCGAGUUUCUAAAUAUCCUGGUACUUCUAGAAGGGAUAAAAUAAUACAAAAGAAACAAAUUAGUGCAAGAAAUAAAAAGCAAGAUAAGUUUCGAGUUAAGACGUGGCUGGAAACGCCAGCUGAUUGGGCUCGGUUUGAUGCUUGGGCAAAAAUUAAUGCACAACCACGAAAAUAUCCAGAACCAGAACCUAUAAUUCGACCAUCAAAAUCGUUGCAUUUAAUGAGAAAAAGGAUCAAUUUAUUAAGCGAAGUACCAAAACGUUUUGAUCCAAGUAAACACUGUAAACCGAGUGAAAUAAAAGUUUCAAGAGCAGCUUUAAUAGCAAAAACAACAAAACGACUUUUGAAAUUGUCAAUACCGAAGUUGCAAAUGUACGAUUAUGGUCGUGAAUUGCCCAUUAAAAUACGCAAAGCUACAUUGUACUAUACUCCAACUGAAAGGAUAAAUUAUCUGAGUCAGCCUAGAAUUGUUGAACGUGAAGAAUGUAAAUCUGUGGAAUUACCAAGUGAUACGAAAGAUAAACGUUCCCAGAGAAAAAGAUUAUUAGAGUUAACGAAGAAAUUGGCUGAUUGUCCCGAAGGUUUGACCGAUCAAGAAAGAAAUGAAUUGUUCACUGCUACUGGUAUUAAAAGAAGUGCAUUAGAGUACAAGAUUACUGCAUGGACGAAAAUUCUGGCUUUGCCAGGGUACGCGGCGCUAAAACCUAGAUACGAUAAAGAUGCUAAGAAAUGGAAGAAAAUAUUAUUAGAUAAUUACGAGAUAAGAGGUAAAAAGGCUCUAGAGGAACAACGAAAGAAGGAGAGGAGGAAGAAAAUUGAAGCUGAAAAAAAAUUGAGAAAAAGAGCUAAACACGCUUGGAGAUAUGCACCCUUGCCCUGUAAAACAUAUGAUGAUGCAUUUUCUAUUAAAAAAUCUGCCUUGAAUGUUGAAGCUUCACCGAGAACAAUCGAAUUGGCCAAAUCGAAAGAUCGCAAAGACUUAACGAUAAAAAAAGAACCAUUUGAAGUAAAAAAGAGUGCACUGAGUGCUACCAUUACAGGUAGAAUCAAUGAAUUAGCUUCACCGAUACAACCCAAGGAUCCUGUCGAAAAACCACCCCCUCGUGAAAAAAAUAAAUACGGCCAACCGAUUUAUCCAAAACCAAAAUACGGGAAAGUUUUACCGAAAACGAAACCAUAUAAAAUGGGAGAGUGUCCAAAAGAGGAAGAUAAAAAGGAAAGGAAAAAGAAGAAAGUAAAACCAAUCGAUCCUAUCGUUUAUCAACCAACUAUCGAUCCCUGUAUAGAUCUAGAAAUGGCGAGAAAACAAACAAGAGAGAGAAAGAGGGCUGAACAAAUAUUAAAAAUGAAACGUCAGCAAAGAAAAACCGAGCAAGAAGAGAAGAAAGUUGAAAAU